AUGCAUGGUAGAGGUCGAAAAACUCAGAGAAACUGUGAUAAAUUUGUUUGGUAUGGAUCUCAUCCUCGUUCUUCUCGUACACCCCAGAGGAAUAUAAUAUUCCAUCCCCCAGGUAACAAAGGUCCUGCGAGAUUUAUUACUUCUGCAUUGGAGAGUUGGCAAUUGUUUCUAACAAAUGAAGUUUUGGAGAGUUUAGUGUCUAACACUAAUCAAGAGAUUUCUGAGCAGCGUAAGAAAUAUAAAUCAGAUAGGCCAACCGAACCAGAGGAGAAUGAUUUUGUUCCGUCCAGCACGCGACCUUCAUUUGUUCGUGAUACCUCAAUAACAGAGUUGAAAGCCCUGUUUGGUCUAUAUUAUUUAGCUGGUGUGCUGAAAAUUAACCAUUUAACCGUCAAAGAAAUAUUUGAUAAGAAUACAGGUAUCAGUUAUUUUAGGUCAACAAUGAGUGAGAAGAGAUUUGAAUUUUUAACUAAUUGCCUUCGGUUUGAUGAUCGAUUGACAAGAGCUGAGAGAAGACAGCAAAGUAAAUUGGCUCCGAUAAAAGAAUUAUUUGACCAUAUAGUUGAGACUUCAAAGAAGCUGUAUUCCCCUUGUGACUGCACUACAAUCGACGAGCAAUUGCUCGGCUUCAGAGGUAGAUGCCCAUUUCGCAUGUAUAUCCCGUCUAAACCAGACAAAUAUGGGAUAAAGCUGUUGAUGUUUUGUGAUGCUAAAACAUAUUACAUGAUAAAUAGCAUUAUAUAUACCGGCAAAGAUUCAACUCCUAGAGGGAUACCCGUUGCAGAGUAUUAUGCGCUUGAGCUGUCGACUAGUAUUCAUGGCACCAACAGAAACAUAACAUAUGAUAACUGGUUCACCUCCAUACCUACAGCUCAAAAAUUGCUAUCCAAAAAAGUAACUACAGUUGGGACAUUAAAAAAAAAUAAAACCGAAAUACCUAUUAAUUUCAUUGAAACUAAAGACCGCCCCUUGAAUACUUCAGUAUUUGCAUUUCAUGAAGAACUUACCUUGCUUUCAUAUAUUCCACCAAAGCUUAGCAAAUCAAAAAAGAAAAACGUUCUCAUGUUAUCCACCAUGCAUAACGAACCUGAUAAAGAUAAGUCUGUGAAUUUGCCAGAAAUAAUAAGUUUUUAUAACGAAACAAAGGGCGGAGUUGAUACUUUUGAUCAACUUUGUCAUACCUACAGUGUAUCGCGUAAAACUCGCCGCUGGAGCCUUUGUGUGUUCUAUGGAAUUCUAAAUAUUGUGGGGAUUAAUUCUAUGAUAUUACUGCGUUCAUCCAAUGCUGCUAAUAAACAAAUUUUUAAAGAUAGACGCACUUACCUGAAGAAUCUGGCUUUUGAUCUCAUAAAACCUCACCUAGAAGAGAGAUUUAUGUACCGAACUUUGCCGAAGUCCCUACAGAUUAGUAUCGGAGAUAUUCUGGGCAAACAACGACCAAUAGUUACGGAAACCUCUUCAGCUCCGAAAUCUGGAAGGUGUUACUUCUGCCCAAGGUCAAAAGAUCGUAAAUCUCGCGUACAAUGCACCAAGUGCAAACUUUUUAUUUGUAAUGACCACCAAAGCAAAAUAUGCCAAAAUUGUCUGUAA